AUGAAACCUACAGGUAUUUAAGUCGAAUUUCACAUAUUCAAUUUUAUUUCGCCUAUUUCUAUUUAAAGGCUAAUUGUUUGACAAUAAUACAUUUACAGGUUACAGACGUUUUAAGCGAGUGCCAAUUAGUAAAGAAAAGUUAGCAAAGCAUGAUAAAGGCGAAGGAAUUAAUUUAAGGCCAAAGUCAACUAGAAUAAAAAAUAAGGUGAUAAGACAAAAAUUAAAAAGGAAAGAGAUUGUCUUUAAUAACACAGUGAAAGAUACUGCCCGUACUGAGUUACUUUUGACAGGAGAUUAUGGUUGUUUGGAGGCUGAUUGUGGAGAAGUAACAGUACAAUAUACACAAAAACAAAUUGUAGACAAUGUAGAUAUAACUGCUGCAGCUAAACGUUUUACAUUAAAUCUAGAAUUUGGACCAUAUUACAUAAAGUAUACAAAAAAUGGUAGACACUUGGUAUUAGGUGGAAGGAAAGGACAUGUGGCAGCUUUAGACUGGGUCACAAAAAAAUUAGCCUGCGAAAUAAAUGUAAUGGAAUCAAUCCAUGAUGUGUCAUGGCUUCAUAUAGAAACAAUGUUAGAAUUUUUACCUUAUCAUUUCUUGCUUGCCAGUGGAUCUAAAGAAGGUUAUUUGGCGUGGUUGGAUGUUUCCAUAGGCAAAUUUGUAAAUUCUUUCAACUCUAGAGUAGGAAAAAUUGCAGUAAUGACACAAAAUCCUAGUAAUGCUGUGCUAUGUGUGGGUGAUUCAAAAGGAGUGGUUUCCAUGUGGUCUCCAAACAAUAAGAAUCCUUUGGCAAAAAUGUUGUGCCAUACUCAAACAGUAGCUGCCUGUGCAGUUCAUCCUUAUGGAACAUAUAUGGCAACUAGUUGUCCAGAUAGAUCCGUGAAAAUAUGGGACAUCAGACAAUUAGCAGGUCCCGUGCAUAAUUAUUAUGUACGCGCUCCUGUUCAACAUCUGUCUUACAGUCAAACUGGCCAAUUAGCAAUGGCAAUGGGAAAUGUUGUAGAAAUUUAUCGGUCAUCAACCGAUGAAAUGAAACCUUAUAUGCGUCAUAGAGCUGAUUGGACUGUAACAAGCAUGCAGUUUUGUCCAUACGAAGAUAUUUUAGGUAUUGGUACAAUAAGAGAAGUAUCUUCUCUUUUAAUACCUGGAAGUGGAGAACCUAACUUCGAUGGUCUUGAAACUAAUCCAUUCCAAACAACAACUCAGAGACGUGAAGCUGAAGUAAAAGCUUUAUUAGACAAGAUUCAGCCGGAAUUAAUAUGUUUGGAUCCAGUUGCUAUAGCAGAAGUAGAUACACCUACUUUUAAAAAUAAAAUAGAAGCUACAAAGAAUCUUUUGUAUCUCAAACCAAAGAACAUCGACUUCAAACCUCGCAGAACGAAAGCUAAAGGAAAAGGAGGAACAGCUAAAGUGAUUAAGACUAAGAAGAUUUUGAAAGAACUAAAUCGAAAGGAAACUAUUAAUAUGCUUCGUCAAACAGACAGACAGUCAGAUACAAGAAAAACAGAACCUCAAAAGAAUUAUGGGGUAUUAAAUAGAUUUUUACCAAAAUCUAAUAAAAAAGCAGCUAGAUAA